GCCCGCCCCAUCCUCUUCCUCGUCCCGGUUUCCGGCCGGGCCCCGCCGGGGACUUUGGUCCAUUCCCGGGUUCCUGCAUCAAUCAUCAACCAGGGGAGGGAGCGGCCGCUGCGGCCCCGCCGCCAGCUGCGGGGGGGGCUUGGGGCCCGACCCCUGCAGUCAGCCCGCUCCCUGCCGGGGACCCCCCAUAGCCUGAAGCAUUUCCCGGUGGAUCUGCGCACGUCCAUGGAUGGCAAAUACAAGGAGAUYGCUGAGGAGCUGUUCUGCCGCUCGCUGGCCGAGAACGAGAUGCGGACGGCUCCCUAYGAGUUCCCCGAGGAGAGCCCCAUCGAGCAGCUGGAGGAGCGGCGCCAGCGCCUGGAGCGCCAGAUCAGCCAGGACGUCAAACUUGAGCCCGACAUUUUGCUCAGAGCCAAACAGGACUUCCUGAAAAUUGACAGUGCCGCGGACUUACAGCUCUUCAAGGAGCAGAAUGAUGACCUGGUGGACCAYGUCCCCAAGGAGCGGGAGGCGCUGCUGGAGCGGGAAUUCCAGCGGGUCACCAUCUCCGGGGAGGAGAAAUGCGGGGUGCCCUUCACCGACCUGCUGGACGCGGCCAAGAGCGUGGUGAAGGCRCUGUUCGUGCGGGAGAAGUACAUGGGGCUGUCCCUGCAGAGCUUCUGCAAAACCACAGCCCGCUACCUGCAGGAGCUCUCCGAGAAGCCCCUGGAGACCCGCGGCUACGAGGAGGUGCCCGAGACCCCCGUGGCUGCUGAUGCCCCCGUGCACCCCCCGUUUGCCGAGCAGCACCCCUAUGAGAAGUGGGACCCCCAGAACAUGCCAGCCGACCUGGGCUUCGGGCUGAAGAUGGUGGGUGGUGUCGUGCAUGUCUACACUAAGCAGGAGGUCACCGACAAGAGCACGGAGCUGGACCUGCCGUACCCCGACCUGCAGGAGUUUAUCGCCGACAUGAAUUUCCUCAUGGCUUUGAUCAUCAAUGGGCCCAUCAAAUCCUUCUGCUACCGCCGGCUGCAGUACCUGAGCAACAAGUUCCAGAUGCACGUGCUGCUCAACGAGAUGAAGGAGUUGGCAGCCCAGAAGAAGGUCCCGCACCGCGACUUCUACAACAUCCGCAAGGUGCCCGUGGGUCCCGGGCUCUCCUGGAUCCUGGGGGGGUUGCUGGUUCCACUGGGGAGCUCUUGGAGGGUCUCAGGGCUGAGCAUCACCUCGCUGGUGCAGGUGGACACCCACAUCCAYGCCUCGUCCUGCAUGAACCAGAAGCAUCUCCUGCGCUUCAUCAAGCGGGCGAUGAAGAAGCACCUGGAUGAAAUCGUCCACGUGGAGAAGGGCAAGGAGCAGACGCUCAAGGAGGUGUUUGAAACGAUGAACCUCACAGCCUACGACCUGAGCGUGGACACGCUGGAUGUCCAUGCGGAUCGCAACACCUUCCACCGCUUCGACAAGUUCAACGCCAAGUACAACCCCAUCGGGGAGUCCAUCCUGCGGGAGAUCUUUAUCAAGACCGACAACCGWGUCUCUGGGAAGUACUUUGCCCAUAUCAUCAAGGAGGUGAUGGCGGAUCUCGAGGAGAGCAAGUACCAGAACGCRGAGCUGCGUCUCUCCAUCUAUGGCCGCUCCCGGGACGAGUGGGACAAGCUGGCCCGCUGGGCCGUCAGCCACCGCGUCCACUCCAACAAUGUCCGCUGGCUCGUGCAGGUGCCYCGGCUCUUUGACAUCUACCGGACGAAGAAGCAGCUGGCCAACUUCCAGGAGAUGCUGGAGAACAUCUUCCUGCCGCUCUUUGAGGCCACGGUCCACCCUGCYCAGCACCCAGAGCUGCACCUCUUCCUGGAGCACGUGGAUGGCUUCGACAGCGUGGAUGAUGAAUCCAAACCGGAGCAUCACAUCUUCAACCUGGACAGCCCUUUGCCGGGCAACUGGGUGGAGGAGGACAACCCGCCCUACUCCUACUACCUGUACUAYAUGUAUGCCAACAUGACAGUGCUCAACCACCUGCGGCGGAAGAGGGGCUUCCACACCUUCGUCCUGCGCCCGCACUGUGGYGAGGCCGGUCCCAUCCACCACCUUGUCUCGGGGUUCAUGGUYUCAGAGAACAUCUCCCAUGGGUUGUUGCUGCGCAAAGCCCCGGUGCUGCAGUACCUGUACUACCUGGCACAGAUUGGCAUCGCCAUGUCCCCGCUGAGCAACAACAGCCUCUUCCUGAGCUACCACCGCAACCCCCUGCCCGAGUACCUCUCGCGGGGGCUCAUGGUCUCCCUCUCCACYGACGACCCUCUCCAGUUCCACUUCACCAAGGAGCCGCUGAUGGAGGAAUAYAGCAUCGCCACGCAGGUGUGGAAGCUCAGCUCGUGUGACAUGUGUGAGCUGGCCCGCAACAGYGUCCUCAUGAGCGGCUUCUCCCACAAGGUGAAGAGUUACUGGCUGGGUCCCAACUACCUGAAGGAGGGUCCGGAGGGGAACGACAUCCGCCGCACCAACGUGCCCGACAUCCGCGUCAGCUACCGCUUCGAGACGCUGUGCCAGGAGCUGACGCUCAUCACGCAGGCGGUGCAGAGCGCCGAGCUGGAGCCCAUCCAGGAGGAGGAUGUGCUCACCCUCUCUCUGGGGACCCACUGACAGCCCACAUCCCCCCCGAGCCCUCGGGGCUCCGCCAGCRUCCCCCCGCCCGCUACCUCCUGCCCCAACCAGGGGCUGCUCCUGCUGCUGUCCUGGUGCCACCGGUGCCACUGCAGGGGAUGGAGUUUGUGGGGUCCUCUCCGUUUCAUCUUGUUUUGAUUAUUUUAUGGGUGUUUUUUUGGUCUUUUUCUGUUGUUUUUAACUGCUGUCUCCUUGCCGGGUUGGGCCCUGCUGGGUUUGAUGGCACUGGAGGUGACCCGGGGGAGGGCACGGCCGGGGGAUCCUGGAUUUACGGCCCAGGUUGGGGACAUGGUGACAGUUUGGGGUCCUGUCUGCUGGUGUGGUGAGAGUGUGGGAGUCCCAGCCCAGCCCCAGGCUGAUGCUCCUCAACCCCCAGCCCCCUCUCGAUCUGCUCUCUGCCCGUGGGGACAAUCCCAGGGAGGUCUCUGCUGUCGCUGGGGACASGGUGGCCCAGAGGACAGGGGGGACAGUGCUCGGUGGGGGAUGCUYCAUCCUCAUCRCCACAGGGAGGAAGGCAAGGGGUGGGAUGGGGAAUGUUUCACCCUCACCACCGCGGGGAUGAAGGGAAAGGGGACCAGGUGACAUUGUCCCUGUCCCCAGCACUCCCAGGAGAUCUUGGUUAGUGGCCCAGAUCGGGCUGGACCAGGCUUCUCCCAUCCCAGUCGGGCAUCACCCCCUCUGUCCCUGCAGCCCCAUCCCAGUCCUGAUCACCUCAUCUGGAGCCGGCAUUGCCAAGAAAACCUUACGGCGAUUAUAAAAACAACAAACAGAAACUUUUAAAACAAAAAAACCCUAACCGAGCAUGAAAAAUAAAAGUA